CCAGCGGCGCGCUGAGGCUGCUGCUCGCCCGGCGGCCGGCCCUGGGCGCCGCCGCCGCCGCUUUCCCGGCCCCGGCAGCCCGGAGGCGUCUGCACGGCAGCCCAGCGCUGCUGGGUGUACCUGGCAUUAAAGUUCUCAUGCCUGCACUUUCUCCUACAAUGGAAGAAGGAAACAUUGUGAAAUGGUUAAAAAAGGAAGGAGAGGCAGUGAGCGUUGGAGAUGUGCUGUGCGAGAUCGAGACGGACAAGGCGGUGAUCACCAUGGAGUCAAGUGAUGAUGGGGUGCUGGCCAAGAUACUGCUGCAAGAAGGAAGCAAAAAUGUACGCCUGGGCUCACUGAUUGCUCUGCUGGUGGAAGAAGGACAGGACUGGAAGCAAGUUGAAAUCCCAGCUGAUGCUGGGGAUCCAUCUUCUCUGGCUCCACCAGCACCUCAGCUUCCCUCGGCUCCUUCAGUUUCCGCCUCUCCUAAACUGGAGCAGCAGCCUGGAAAGCUGCAGAUUCGCCUAAGUCCUGCAGCUCGCAACAUUCUGGAGACACAUGGGCUGGAUACAAGCAAUCUGGAACCUUCUGGGCCUCGAGGCAUCUUCACCAAAGAAGAUGCUCUCAAACUCGUGCAGAAGCAGAAGGGCAAAGCCACUGAACUGAAACCUGAGCCUUCCCCAGCACCUCCCCAGCCUACUGCAGUGCCUUCUGCUGUGCAAGCAACAGCUGUGACUUCUGCUUACCCAAGGCCAGCAAUUCCACCAGUUUCCACACCAGGAGAGCCUGCUGCACCGGGCACCUUCACUGAAAUCCCAGCCAGCAACAUCCGGAGAGUCAUAGCCAAGAGGCUGACAGAGUCCAAGACAACCAUCCCCCAUGCCUAUGCUGCUGCUGACUGUGACAUCGGUGCUAUUUUGAGGUUGAGACAAGAGCUGGCCAAAGAUGAUAUUAAAGUGUCUGUCAAUGAUUUUAUUAUCAAGGCAACUGCAGUUACUCUGAAGCAAAUGCCAGAUGUGAAUGUUACCUGGGAUGGAGAAGCCUGCAGGCAGCUGCAGUCCAUUGACAUUUCCAUUGCUGUGGCAACAGAGCGAGGUCUCAUUACCCCCAUCAUAAAAGAUGUUGCUGCCAAGGGGAUAAAGGAGAUUGCUGCCUCUGCAAAGGCUCUAGCAAAGAAAGCAAGAGAUGGAAAACUGUUACCAGAAGAAUACCAGGGAGGAUCUUUCAGCAUCUCCAACCUGGGCAUGUUUGGCAUCAAUGGUUUCACUGCGGUCAUAAACCCACCCCAGGCUUGCAUCCUGGCUGUGGGCCGAGCGAGAGCGGAGCUGAGGCUCGUGGAGGAUGAAGAAGGGAACGAGACCCUCCAGCAGCAUCAGCUGAUGACAGUGACUCUGUCAAGUGAUGGCCGGGUGGUAGAUGAUGAACUGGCUUCCAAGUUCCUGGAGACCCUCAAGGCCAACCUGGAGAAGCCAGUGCGCCUCGCCUUGUGCUAGGCUGAGCCAGCUUCCCUGGCCUGCGGGGCAGAAAUCAGUGUUAGGGCCCUCAGAGAGGCGUUCUGUGGGGAGGUGUAAGUAGUUCCUGGGAGAAGGGCUGCUGGAGCCCUUUAUUUAUUGCAUUAAUGUAGGAGGUGAGGAGCUGUCGUGCUGAGAGUGCCUGGCACUAGGCCAGGUUCUGUGCUGCGAAGCCUUGAAGCUAGCACGCUGCGGUUCCCUGGGCACCUGCUGCUGCUGGCACCUCGGCUGGCACAGAGGAGUCUCUUCGCUCUGGAAAAGAACAUUCAGGACAACUCGAUGCCAUGUAAAGGGAAAUCCUAGAAGAGUUUGUGCUGGGUGGAGCCUGUAGGAGUCAUCCAGUCCAACCCCCCUGCAGUCAGCAGAGGCAUCUUUAGCUAGAGCAGGUAGCUCAGAGCCCUGUCCAACCUGGCCUGGCAUGAUUCCAGGGAUGGGGCAUCUGCCACAUCUCUUGAGCAACCUGAGCCAGUGUCUUGCCACCCUCAGCGUUAUAGAAUAAACGUUUCCUUCUCUCCAGGCUGAAUCUCCCUCCUUUAGUUUCAAACCCUUCUCCCCUUGCCUUGUCACAACAGGCCCUGCUCAGAAGUCGGUCCCUGGCUUUCCUGGAGGCCCCUUUAUGUUCUGAAAUGUCACAGUAAGGUCUCCCAAGAGCCCUCUCUUCCCCAAGCUGCGCAACUCCAAUUCCCAGCCUGCCUUCACAGCAGAGCUGUAACAGCCUUCUGAUCAUCUUUGUGGUCACCCCUGAAGCUGCUCUCACAGUCACAGGUCCAUGUCUGUCUUGCACUGAGGACUGCAGAGCUACCUGCCGUGUUCCAGUGGGGUCUUUCCUGCGCUGAGAGAAGAGAUGCUUUGUUGAAGGACUAAAUCUCCAGCUUCUAGAGGGGAGAAACUAAGCCAAGUGCUGCCAGGAGUCCUGGGCAGUGCCAAGGUAAUGCAUUAGCUAAACCAUAUUGCUGCAGUAGAGAGCUUUGGAGUUUUCAGAACCUCCUCUGGCAGAUUGUGCCAUCCAAAUUUGACCCAAUUAAGAUUUAGAAGAUCUUGACAGGUAUUCCAAUGGCUUCCUGCAUAAGAGCAGAGGGGGAAGGAAGCACAACUAAACAAAGAAUAAAAUCUGUGGUUUAAUUGAAUCUA